GGGAUACCUAAUCUUUUCCAAUGCGAUAUGCGGAGUGAACGCUGAUUCAUAAGUUUAUUGCAUAGUCUGGCCAAAUUAAAAAUUGUCACAAUAGCAAAUACGUCCUGUAGAUAUAUUGUGCGUCAAUGCGAUAAUGUAGUGGUAAGCUUUAAAAAAAAUGGUGAUGUGUCCAAGGAAAAGGAUGAAAAUUAUCUCGGUGUCUCGAUAACACAAUAGUGAGUGUAUUUCCAUAUUUUUAUUCAAUGUUUUGCUUGGAGUUAACGUGAAUAGAUAGUUGCAAUGAAUCGUGUUCUGCUACUCUUAAUUUCUAUUUUUGCAAGUAGCGUUUCCCCUUGCCCGUUGCCUUUAACUGUGGACAUAUCCAACGGUGAACAUUUCGACAAUGGAACCAUCGUAAGCGGUGGUAUCAGUUACGGCCCUAAUUUUCAAAUGUUAGUAGACGGGAAGGUGAGAGGGUGUGUUUGUGAUAUUCGGAGGUGUGUGCGGAAGUGCUGUCCCGUCGGUCGCUUGAUGUUUGGGACUCGGUGUCAAGAAAGUGACAUUUCGUUUGCUCCUCUAGUAUACGGAGACCAUCUUUUGAACGUAACGAAUGAUCAUUUUUACUACAUUGAAAGUAACGAGUGUCCGAUGGGGUUGUACAAAUUGGAGCCAAACGAACCCGAGGAUGAAUUCUUUAUACAAGAGGAUGGAAGGUUGUACGUACCAAGUCAAAAAGCGUUUUUUAAUCCCGAAGAUUAUUGCACCGAUUUUUUCAUCGAUGGCGAAGGACCUCACUAUCUUUCCGUGUUAGUUUGCUUUAAAGAAGAUGUCGAUCCUGAUACAACCACUUAUGCAUAUGGUAUGAUAAUAUCAAUGCCGUUCCUCCUCCUCACGUUCCUGGUUUAUGCUGUUUUACCUGAUCGAAAUCUACAUGGAAAGUGUCUUAUGUGUUACGUGAUCACACUCUUUGGUGCGUAUGCGUUCUUAGUAUUCAUACAACUGUAUCCAAACGAUCUGGCUGGAGCUAACUGCAAAACGCUCGGUAUAUUGUGUUUCUUUUUCUUCACUGUGUCUUUCUUUUGGAUGAACGUUAUGUCAAUUGACAUAUGGUGGGCAUUCAGUGGUUUACGAGGAUUCUCCGGAAGUCGCAAAGAAGCAGAAAGGAAACGUUUCAUUCUAUACUGCGGAUACGCGUGGGGCGUUUCACUUUUACUGACUACGAUAGUAAUUGGUUUCACCGUGAGCGAAAACGUAGAAAAAAACGUUUGGUACAAUCCGGGAAUGGGCGAUGGACAAUGUUGGUUCAGAGACGGUGUGCCGACAUUAUUAUACUUUUACGUACCAAUGGCAACGAUAAUUGUGGUUAAUAUAACACUCUUCGCAGUGACUGCGUGCAAAAUUAAACGGGUCCAACAGGAUACCGCCAUGUUAAGGAAAGACGAGAGCAAGAAACAUAGCUAUGAAAAUGAUAAACAACGAUUCAACUUAUACCUUAAACUGAUGCUGGCGAUGGGAGUGAAUUGGGCCAUGGAAAUUGUAUCGUGGAUAGUAGAUUGGCAAAUAGGGCGUGUGCCGCCACCCGUUUGGUAUUUGACAGAUUUCUGCAAUGCCUUAUACGGAGUGUUUGUCUUUUUUAUCUUUGUAUUUAAACGCAACAUAUGGAAGCUACUGAAAAGAAGAUACUACAUGAUAAUGGGAAAACCACAUCUUGCAAGAUCUAUGACUCAAACUGCUUAUUCACCUCGCACUACAGGAUCUUCUCUAAACCACACAGUUUCAACUGAUAAGAAUUUUGUUACCGAUUCCAGUGUUCUGACGAGCGAAGUUUCAUAAAUUUCAUCAUAUUAAUCAGCCUCCUCUUUUGUACAGUUUCUAUACACAGUAUUUAAUACUCAUAGUCCGCUUCUCAUGACAUAAAUGCAUAAAGCUGUGAUUAUCUGUCUUGAAUUUUAAACGUACAUAUCUGUAGCUAUUUAUGCUUCAUUAUUAUUUAUGUUAAGUGGCUGUAUUUUAUUUACAGUAUUUAUUGCUAGCGCUAUCCGAGUUAAGCAAAAGGAUGGUGCAGAUGCACAUCCGCAAUCCUAUUUUAAAUUAUUGUUAAGCGUUACGUAUGAAAUAAUGUACAAAUCUCAAAACAAUUUCAUUUUAUUCUAUGUAAUGUAAAAUAAACUCAUAUGAGAUCCUUACUCAAAUAA